AAAGUCGGCGUCGGCGGCCAAGACCGUUGUCGAGAACCGCAUGAAGGGCGACAAGGACGUCGAGUACAAGGCCAACAUCGCGGCCAACGACGAGCUCGUCAAGAACAAGCGUGUCCAGAACUUCCUCGAGAAGGGACAUCCCGUGAACCUCAACAUCUCGUGGGGCAACCGCGGCGAGCGCAAGCCGCUCGGCCUCGAGCUCUACGACCGCAUCCUUGCCUACAUUGAAGCGCCGUACGUCGUCGGCAAGUUCAAGGUCACAAACCAUGGCGCCCGCGCCCGCCUGAACCCGACGAAGCGCGCGACGGCCAAGUCCACGGAGCGAGAUGACACGGUCAGCGAAGCGUAG